AUGAAAAUUCGCAGAUCUAUGGAAGCUCACCUGCGAUUAUCUCAAGCCGAAUACCCAGUCAUAUCCUUUGGUACCGGAUCCCUAGUCCGGCUACCAGGACCAACCAUCACACAGCCCAAUGUGUACCAGUUCAACAAAACCUCAUACGACAGCAUGUACAAGGAGCUGGAAUCAAAGGACGGACGCCUGUACAAGGCCAACGGUAUCCUGAACAUGCUGGAUAGAAAUCGUGGUGUGAAGUGGGGGCCGGAGCGCUGGCAGGAUUGGGCCAUAGGUAUUCCCCGACUUCAGCACUCCACCGACAAAGGCAGCGAUGGGACAGAAGGCGGCGUCGUAGAUGUCGUCUUUACAUGCGAAGAACGCUGCUGGGACGCCGUUAUCGAUGACCUUCUCAGCAGAGGGUCCCCCUUGAACCGCCCCGUUCACGUCAUUAACGUGGACAUCAAGGAUAACCAUGAGGAGGCGCACAUUGGCGGCCAGGGGAUUCUGGAUCUAGCCAACUCCCUCAAUGCGGCAGCCAGGGAAGAGAGGGCGGCAAUUGGCGCAGCGGCUUUUGAUAGCGGGAAUGCCUCGAGCCGAGCUAGUUUUGACGAGAGGGUGCCUGAAAUACUGGGUGCCUGGCAGGAGAGAUGGCCAAACUUGCCGUCAACGUGGACCUUGGCAUGGUUCUAG